AGACGUUUCCAGACUUUUCGAUCGCUGCACUUGAUUUUCCCAUUUGUCUUUGAACGCCGAGUCAAACCCUCUGCUCGACCCGUCCACUCGGUCGCUCCCAUUUGCCCAGGGCCGUCGGGCCAGUCGACUACUUAACCUCGCCACGCCUUCCCAUCUCAGUGGCAACUCCUCCGGCCCACUAAACGUCCAAUCGUGUCAGAGCUACAUUAUGUACAUGCAGCCCUCGGGACGUAAAGGUCUUAUCACCGAACCCACGUCGGCUCCAUUUGUCAACUAUCAAGACUCCGUUUGCAUACAAGACGGCCUGCUGUUCCCCGAUCUCUCCCAGGACGCGUCGCUGCAGUACCUCGACCAGCAGCAGACUCGUCUGCAGUCUCCCUUCCAGUACCACCAGCAGAACUUCCAGUUCGUCUCUCCGCCGUCUUCCGCGCCCUCCUCGCCUUCGUCCUCUCCCGCCUCCUCCAUCUCCCACUACCCGGCGUCCUCGGCCGUCCCCGCGGACUACUCGCUCGAGGCCCCUUCGAUGACACCUGCAUCCUCCUACAACCCUACCUACCACUUCCAGGGAUCCGCUUCACCACAGUCCGCUCAGCCCUACCUUCACCACCAAUACCCCCAGCAGUUUCUCUUUGACACUUCCUCAAUGUUGGCCCAACAACCCAUCGCAAGUGUCCACGGUUGGGAGGGAAACCCGCACUCCAACGGGUCCGCCGCCUCCAAGCCUCUGCCUACUCCCGUCCAAACUCCAGUCCAGAACAACUUCCUGGCGACUCCCUACCAGAACUUUGACCCGUCCUCGCACGAUGGUAGUCAAGUCGAGGCGGAGAUUGCUAUGAAACGGGCCGUGAUGGAGCAGCGACAGAAGCAGCAGCAGCAACAACAACAACAACAACAACAACAACAGCAACAGCAACAAUCAAACGAAUACUCUCUGGCACCUUCGGUGUCCAGUGUGAGCCACAACUCGCCUGUGACUCCUCAGACGAGCUUUGAGGAACUCGACGAAGCCUCGAAGGCCAUGGUCAAUGGUGAGACAUACCCUGAUAUCGAUCGGUGGAUGGACGAUUACUUACACGCCGAUGCGUUUGCAGAUUACGGCGUCCCCAGCGGAAGCAACAUGUCGAUUGGCGUGCCCAAGCUCAACCGCACCAUCUCCGAUAUCUAUCAGGAUGAACUCUACAACCCGGCUAUCAUGUCUACCCCUCAGGUCUCCAAGCCGUCCGCGAACAACCAGCAAGCCCUGCUGACUCCCUAUCGCAACGUCUUUGCCGACCGACUCCAGGCCGCCAACCAGGGACAUAUGUCGGCUCGCUCCCAAUCGCCCACGUCGGGCAUCAAGCGGGAGCGCUCUCCCUUCCGACAGAACUCCCCCUUGGCCGCCGAAUACAACACUGUCGGCCUUCAGCAGCCCCAGAUGGCGACCAGCAUGCCCAUGCCCCAGAACAUGGUCAACCCCCAGCCGCAACAGCAGCCGCAGCAGAGUCAGGGCGAGCCCAACACGAUGUCUCCUAAGGAUGCCUUGCUGGAUUUCCACGAAGGUGAAGACAACGGUUUGCCACUGUUCCCGCCCAACCAGCCCGACUUCAACUUGGGCGACACGCUGGGACUCCGCCGGGAAAGCAGCUCCUCUUUCCCCCAGUCGCAGAACUUCACUUCGAUGGAAUCAUUCCCUAGUCAGUACGCUACGAAUGCGGGAGUCGAUCAGCAAUUUCCGUUCGGCCAGCGGCAGCAACAGGCCCAGCCAGAUGGCAACCUCUUGCAGCAGACGCCAAACUUCCCGCCGUCUCUCCCCACUUUCGAGUCGACGGGCAGCGAUAUCGCGCUCCCCACCACCGAGAUGACCUCCCCUCAGGCGGCUCAGUCGAAAUUGGCGGUUCACCCCGUCAACGAGGAAAUUACGCGGCCGGAAAACACUUCCGCAGACAGUGGGACCUACACUUGUACCUAUCACGGGUGCACUCUACGAUUCGAGACCCCCGCCCGGCUCCAGAAGCACAAGCGCGAGGCCCACCGUCAGACGACCCCUGGAGGCCACCUCGUCGGCCGGGACACUACGUCGCGUAACUCUCAGGCUGGCCCCCACCGGUGUGAGCGGAUCAAUCCUUCAACGGGCAAGCCCUGCAAUUCGAUCUUCUCGCGACCUUACGAUUUAACGCGGCACGAGGACACGAUCCACAACGCUCGCAAGCAGAAGGUUCGGUGUCAUCUGUGCACGGAAGAGAAGACCUUCUCACGCAAUGAUGCGCUCACCCGGCACAUGCGAGUGGUCCAUCCCGAAGUUGAUUGGCCGGGCAAGCAGAGACGGAAGGGCAGGGAGUAAAGCGAGAGUGUGAUCUUCCUUUCCUCCCUUUUCCUACAGUCUACUCCACUUCGAAAAUACGAGUGACAAACAUUGAAAUUGCCAAAGCCACGAAUGGGAUGGGGAUACUUUCGAAUACGGGCCUUAAUUUUUUGGGUCUGACGGAGGU